UCUCUUCAUCUCCAUGAAUAUUAAUCUAGGCAAAAAACUUCCUUCUUUUCUUCAAAAGAAUGAAAAAAAAAAAGAAGAAAAAGAAAAAUAUCAAAAUUACCUCACAAAUGGAAGUUCAUUACUAGAAGAACAACUUUCAUUUUGCAAAAAUGGCCACCAUAAAGUCCCCAUAAGAAGUUUCACUGCAGAAGAAAUCAUCAAUUCAACAAAUGGAUUUCAAGAAAAUGUUGGCCCCUACUUAUACAAAGGUAAUUUCAAUAAAAAAAAAGUUCUAGUAAAAAAAUACGAUGGAAAAAAGAACAUGAAACGUCAGCACGAUCAUGUCAUACGUGAUAUAGUAAUAUCUAGUGAAAUGAGUUACCAUAAAAAUGUCCUUAAAAUUAUAGGAUAUUGUUUAGAGUUUGAAAGGGUAGCUUUAAUUUAUGAAUAUUCACAAUUUGAUUAUCUUUUCAAUUGUAUUCAAUUUUUGACAUGGGAAAAAAGAAUGAAAAUUGCUAUAGAUAUUGCAAGUGUGAUUCUAUAUCUUCAUAUUGAAUUUCCAAGACCAAUUAUUCAUAGGAAUUUAACUUCACAUAAUGUGAUUUUGGACCAAAAUGGGGUUGUAAAAUUGUAUAAUUUUGAAUGUUGUAUACCACUUCCAAUUGGUAAAGUACAAGUUCAAGAUGAUUUAAUAGGGACAAUUGGUUAUUUAGAUCCUGAGUAUGUGUGGUCGAGUAAAGUUACAUUAAAAUCAGAUGUUUUUAGUUUUGGCUUAUUUUUACUUAUGUUGUUGAGUGGGAGAGAAAUUAAGGUAAAUCAUGAGGGAAAAUAUUAUAGUGAAGAUUAUGGUUUGAUUUCUUUGGAGAAUUAUGCAAAAAUAUGUGUUAAAAAUAAUAAAUUGAAGGAUAAUUUUAUUGAUUCCAAGAUUUUGAAAGAUGAACAAAAGAAGUUGAAGGGAUUUUUGAAUUUGGCUUUGAGAUGUGCUCAAAAAAUUGGAGAAAAUAGGCCAAAUAUGAUUGAUGUUGCUAAAGAGCUUCAAAGAAUCAAGAAGGGUGAGAUGCAAGAAUUGUUACCUACAAUGGAAUGUCUAAUUGAUUGGAAUUGA